AUGGCGCGCCGUCUGCACCCAGUACUCACAUUGAAGCUGCUGGAGCUGCACUCUCACGUCUGGGCUUCUCAAGAAGUGCUGGACACCAAAGCAUCCUUGCUGGAGCUGCACCAGUGCAAGCGGCCAGCGCAUCAGGGAGAGCUGCUGCAGGCCCGGUGCUGCAGGGCUUCCGGUGCUGCAGGGCGUAAGGGGGAGCAGCUGCAGGAGACUAGGUGUUGCUGCUGCCAUCAUUCAGGUGGUGCUACCGGCAGACUUUUGCUGCAGCAGCCGCCAGGUGCAGAAGCAGCCGCCAGGAGCAGAAGCAGCCGCCAGGAGCAAGAGCAGCCGCCAGGAGCAGAAGCAGCCGCCAGGUACAGGAGCAGCCGCCAGGUACAGGAGCAGCCGCCAAGUGCAGGAGCAGCCGCCAGCUCCUCACCUCGGCAGGAAGGAGAAAGCCGGACGCCAGGAGUUACUGCGGUGUGUGGCGGGUACGCAGCUGCCGUGCGCCACAUGUGCGGCCGUGCGCCACAGGUGCUGCCGUGCGCCACAGGUGCUGCCGUGCGCCACAGGUGCUGCCGUGCGCCACAGGUGCUGCCGUGCGCCACAGGUGCUGCCGUGCGCCGCAGGUGCUGCCGUGCGCCACAGGUGCUGCCGUGCGCCGCAGGUGCUGCCGUGCGCCACAGGUGCUGCAGCUCGCCACAGGUGCAGCCGUCGCUGCGGUCGUGGGCGUUAGCAGAAGAGGCAGCCGCGCGACGAGGGCAGCGCGCUGCAGGAGCGCCAUGUCGUCCGAAAUGGCAAGGGGAGGGCGCGAACCAGCAGACGUGCGCCAACCGCUGCUGCCGACCGUCACAGGCGUCGAUGUCGCAGAGCGCCAUGAACAGCAGUCACGCGCAAGGAGCUGCAGCGCGCAGGUCGUCAAGCGAGGAGGUUACUGCAGCCGCGCGACAGAGGAAGGAGUAA